CUCUGGAAGAACGUUAGUUAUUGGAACCCGUUCAAUUAACACACAAACUCGUCAUGUCUGGUCGCGGUAAAGGAGGCAAAGUAAAGGGAAAGUCAAAGACUCGCUCAAGCAGAGCUGGACUUCAAUUUCCCGUCGGUCGUAUCCAUCGAAUGCUGCGUAAAGGUUCAUACGCUGAACGUGUCGGUGCUGGCGCCCCUGUAUAUCUGGCUGCUGUCAUGGAGUACUUGGCCGCUGAGGUACUCGAGUUGGCUGGAAACGCAGCGCGUGACAAUAAGAAAACGCGUAUCAUCCCUCGCCACUUUCAAUUGGCGAUCCGCAACGACGAAGAAUUGAACAAACUUCUCUCUGGUGUCACCAUCGCUCAGGGUGGUGUUUUACCCAACAUCCAAGCUGUUCUCUUGCCCAAGAAGACCGAUAAACCCGUCAAGACUUAAUUCUUACGUCGCUAUUAUUGUCGACAAACGGCCCUUUUCAGGGCCAACACAAUUUUCAGAUACGACGAUAUGUCACUGUCAUAUUUUUUAAAGUUUAGUCAACUAGAUUCAAAUGAAUAUAGAGUCUGUGCUUGGAUUUGGUUUUGUAGUGUCAAACGAUUGUUCCGCUCCGAACGACCGCAACCAUUGUAAACAAAGUCGUAUCUAUCUGCUUCCCGUUCCCUUUUAAUCCACCCUUCCCCCUAUCCAUCCUACUAAAUUUCUCUGUAGUCGUGAAAGAAUAAACCCUUCCAUCCCACCUUUGUAAAUAAAAUGGAUAAACCCGUA